AUGCACGGCUCCCAGCGUUUCGGAGAUACAACGUUCUAUAUCUCGCUCGACGAUGUACGCCAGGGCAGCCUCACCACAUGGGUCGAUCCGUCUCUAGAGGCGGUCUAUCUGCAUUUCCUUGUACCCAUCAGGGAGGACCACUACGUGGGCGUCCAAAUCUCCAUCGUACCAUUCUCUCUACGUGAAUUUCCUGGCCAAGUCUUUCACUCCGCCCAGGGGGCUAUCGUGCGGUGUUGCGACCAGCUGGACGGAGGCGACCUGCUGCCACAUGUCACCGAUGCAGCGGAUGCAAUAUAUAAAGCUUGUGUCUCGUGGCAUAAAUGGAAUCUUAGGGCCCCUGGGUUCUGGUCCGAAGUCACACAUGGCAGCCAGGUGCAUAGCCCACUCGACACGAGCAUGGAUAAUGCCAGUAUGCAGUUGAAGCAACAAUUGAUGGAGACACAAGACCAAGAGAUGGCAUCACCGAGCGACAGUGCUGUGCACCUGAGCGACGGGUUAAUGCAAACGUCACCGUCGAGCUCGAUUUCAUCUUUACAUUCGUGCAAGAGAAGUGGUCCAAGCAACGUCACAACCAAUUCGACAUUCGAGAUGGAGAAGCCCGCAAGAAAGAAGCGAAAAGGGCGACCUAGCAGCCUCGCGGAACCUAUCAUGGAGACUGCAGAUAUCCUCCUGGAACGGCUCAGCUCCGCAACCAUCUCAGAUGCGGAGGUAACGUCGUACAUUGCACUCGCCAACAUGGAGCACCCGCCAGUGACUCCCAGCGGCGAGAACGUGUCCCGAGCGUGGGAGAUGUGUAUUAACUUCGCGCGGCGGUCCAGUCAGAAGCUGAAAAAUGGCCGGUUCCUGCGCUUCCUAUCCCUCUGCUUCUUUCUCAUAUGGGAGAAGUACUCGGAGAAGCAAGGGAAAAGUGCUGCUCGCUUGGUCAAUGCCAAGAUGCGUGAGGCGGGCUUCUGUGGGCACUCUCGAGGCUUUAAAACGAUUCGUGACGAGACGAAACUGAUCAAUCGCAUUAUCGCAUCAAUCCAAGAAUCGUGCGGCUUCCAGGACGCAGGGAUUCUCUACCACAUCGUCUUCGAGGCCUCUAAUUAUCAACUCCUCCGCACCAUUAAUCGCCUAGGCAAUGACAAAAAAUCCAGCAUCCUCGAGUACAUGUGCAAAAACAUCGACCUCGACACGCUGCGGGACUCAUACCCAACAACAUCAGCUAUCUGCGUGCAGCGCAUCAUCCAGCAAUAUCUGCCGAAUCUUUCGGCAGAGGCGAUCAACGCGGCGAUCGAAUACCAACCAAUAGGCAGUAGCAGAGCAGCUGCAUAUACGGAAGCAUUUGGCCUCCCGCCGACUUCCGCGCAAGGGCAACUACAUCUUGGCGACGCACAGCAAUCCACCGGCCUCCUUGCCCCGGACUUGGACGCAAGCAUGCCCCCGUACCACGACGGGCUUCACGCGCACAUAUUUGCCGAUGAUGGGUCCGGCGGUAUCUCCGACGCUCUAGAUAUGCUGCAGGGUGUUGAGGACUCUUUUAUGCCGUUUGCGGUGGAUGUGGAGGGGCUGGAUAUUGGGUUUCCUAUUCACGAUUUGGAUGGUUCGCAACUUUAGACUAUAUCGGGUUAUUAGCGCGCUGGGGGUCAUUGGACUUUCACUGAUAUAGCUGAGACAGAUGGACCAUUUUGCGCGGCAUUUGCCGGGCACGGUGAGCUUUUUGGCCUUGUUUGUUUUAUUGGCAUAUAUAACUACAUGAUGGAUCUGUUCUGGUGUGUUCAAAGAUAUAGCGAAACGAAAGACAUAUGUAUAUCCACAAUAUAAAUUGAC